UAAAAUGACUUUGAAGUUCUUCCGUCGAGCAGUUGAGGUGCAGCGUUUCUUCGAGCAUCAAUGGCGGAUAACCUGUUUUUGGGCCUGCCACCUCCAUCUGCAAAGCCAAACAUUCCUCCUGCUCUUCCUUCAGUUGCAGACCAACAAGCUUCUAAAGAUACAACGAGGGGAACAGGAACGGCUCCAGCUCCAGCUCCAGCUCCAGCUCCCAUUCUCAAGAGCGCUCUUAAGCGAGAGAAACCUACAGAAACGCAGACCGAAGCAUCUGAAACAGCUCAAAAACGUUUGAGGUUCAAAACAACUGUGGAUGCGUCUGAAACACAAGUUAUAGAAGCGAUGCAGAGGAUAACAGCCCACAUUAAGAAUCCCGCCAAGUUCAGCAAGGCAUCGAAACUUGCCAUGCAACUUAUUCAGGCUGGUAGUGUUAAGCCAGGAACUAGUGAUCAAUUCUUUGACAUACUAGAAACUGCAAUGUCUUCACCAAGUGCUUGCAACGAUCCUUCUGUUCGAGCAGAUUAUCAUUCCCUUUUCUCAGCAGCUCAAAACAUUAAUGAGUGCCUCAGUAAGAAGCAGAGAAACCAGUUAACGACAUGGACACUUAGGGCGGUGGUGGGAAAUGAUCUUUACACAGAUGAUAGCUUUGUGGUUUUCCAAUGCUUGGAAGAGAAUCGAAUGGAAUAAAUUGGGUUGCUGUCAGAGGCCGGAGCCUAGAGUUGGCUGCGAAAUCUUCUCCGAACCCCCAUCGAUUCAGUCUUACACCCUUUCCAGUAAGCGCUUUCUUCCUUCCUUCCUAUUUUCUUUCUUUAUUUCUUCUAUUUUUCCUUUUCUCCUCACCCUUCUUUCCAUUCCUUUACCAUACUUUGUUCUUGCUGUCUGCUGCCAUUUCCCUUCUCUGCUGUUAGCGAUAGUUUUGGUUUGAAAUGAGUUCUUUGGAACUCUACUGCUGCAAACCAUAUUGACCUGAUAUUUCAGGGAUUAGGUCACCUCCCUAGGGAGACUCAAAUCCUAGAUCCAUGUCCCAAACCAAGUCCUCUAUCAGGAUUAGGUCACCUCCUUAGGUAACCUGCUAUUCUUUCUACAGCCUAGCUUGGUUUGAAGAGAAAAUAUUAUUUUAUUACCUGAGAUUUUGGAGCCAUUGUUGGUUGAUCUUAAGAGGAUUACAUGUUAAGGGUUUAUGCUUAAAAUCCUAUUUAAAAGAAGCUGAACUGAGGGAGUUAUAAUGCCUGCAACUGAAUUGGUUCUUCUGCUGGCUGCUGGUUUGAAGGUUGAAGACAACCUUCCUCAUGGCUUUCUUUUAAAACCCUUUAUCCCUUAUUUCCAUAAUUGCCCCUCAUUCUGUCCUUGUCCCUAUAUUCCUAGUUUUCCCUUCAUCUUUAUUUAUUAAUCUCUAUUCUGCCCCUUCCUACUCUUAUAUAUCGAUAGCGUUUGAAGAUUCUGUUUUAUUACUAACUUGCUAUCUCCCUUUGUAAGCUUCAGUAUGUUUACAGAAUUUCCAUAACUUCUCAUAUUUGAGUUAUUUAAUACUUGGGUCGGCCAUGAGCGAUCCCAAGGCUGGGUUUCAUGGUUGGGAUUGCACCAAUUGGUAUAAGAGCCGAAAGUCCCUCGUCCAUAUCCUAACCAUGGUGGCUAAUAGUUAGGUUCUCUAACAGCUUUGCUCCUUCCUAUAAAGAUGAAACAAGGGCAGAUAUUGCCAACCUCAUAGAUCAUGUUGAUACCCUCAAUACAGCUGUCAGUUACCUCCAUACUAUGAUGGCAUCCAUGUAUUGACCGACUGGUGUCUUUAAAUAAAGGAAGGAGUCCCAUUCAAUUUGCGGAUUCUUCCAACUCCAUCUCACAAGGCCUAUCUCAUGUUACACCACCUCCGCCGCCACAUUAUUCACAACUACCAUUUCCACCAUAUAGGACUGGCUGACCUUUUAACUAAGUUUCUAGAUUUUGGUCAGCCUUGAAACCAAAAUAUUUCGACCAAAACUGAAAUUUCGAUUGAAACCUAUAUAUUUUUUCCCUACAAGUUUUGAUGGUUGGUUUUGAAGGCCAAAUGGCCAAAUUAGGUCCUAAAACUUUUAGGACACCCUAAUUGAGGCGCUCUAAAUAUAGUGGAACCAUUAAAUUUUUAAAAAAUAGCCCAUAAUGGUGGUUUGAGUUUAGAUCUUAUGUUGGUAAUGUAUGUUGUAUACAUUCUCCAAUAUGGCCUAUUCCACACAAUCUUUAGUAUUAGAACACAUAUAAUUCAAGUUGUUAAAAAUUGAUAUAUCGGAGUCAACAAUACAAGCAACAAGCCACUCCUAUGCCCAUCUUAGAGUCUUAUACUCCUAGUACCAAAAUGAGUUCCGGGUAGGAUCAAAACAAUUAGAAUGUUUUUAUUGCCGAGCCAAGUUAUCCUCCGAUUGUAUCGCAAAAGUUGGCCAUGUCAUAUUGUGGUGGAAGAAACACUAGUCAUCAACAUGUUGGAGUCUAUAAGUACUCUAAUGUUUGAGAUUUUAAAUGUAACUGUAAGAAUACGAAUCAGUGUAGCUACGGGUCGAACACAGGGAGAACAACCACUUUAUUUUUUUACUUCUUUUAAUAAUGCGAAAGUGAACCGAUUAAU